AUGCGCUCACAGAGUACCAACUGUGGGUACCGUGUGGCCACCAUGCCGCUCAAGCUGUAUCAUCCAGGUCGUGAGUAUAGCAAUAUGUGGACCGGAGAAGAGAUUUCAUCAGCCACUAUUGAGCAGUUCAGUGCUACUGCGCCUCAAGAAGGGCGCCACUUCUCUCGCGAUCAAGAUGCGAAUACAUUCAAAGUUUGGCGAUGA